AUGGAGAGAGACCACGACGCCGCACACCAAGACGGCCCUCGACUGCCAUCGAGCUCUUCUCCUCGUCGAGAGUGGUCGCGGCGGUUCCCCGCGCAUACAUCCAUGCCAGAGUCAUCGUGCGAUUCGAACCCGAUCUGUGGCUCUACCUGGCGGCAGUAUGAGUCAUUUCCAGAAAUCGAAUCAAUGUUUGAUGAAGAGUUUACGACAUCGCGCGAGACACAAGUUGACCACCAGCUCGUCGCUACCCAAGAUGGCAUGGGUUCGGGUUCUGAUCCUAAUGCUACACAGCCGUCAGUAGGGCCCUCGCAGCCCGUUCUCGUCAGAGCUUUCACGAGCGAUGAGAACCGAGUGUCGAAGAGCAAGUCAUCGAUCGUGUCUCCGCGUCGAUUGUUUCCAUUCUUCCGGUCCCAGAGCUCGCCUUCUUCUGCUCCUCCUCCGCCACCGAAUCCGCCGUUCCCGUCGGACAAGGACUUCAGUAUUGACAGUAUCCUGCUGGCGAUCGACCGUGAGAUCGGUGACACGCUAGACUCCAUUGCCGAGAUAUGCGGUCGAAGCAAGCUCAGCCUUGCCAAUGAGUAUGGCAGUCACAUUGCUCCUCUGGGCGAGAUCCGUGCCUCGUCAGUAGGGGGCUUGAGACCGGUCGAUGAAGCCAGCUCCAAUGACGAACAACGUGCGGCCGAUGGGAGUGCUAUCGGACUGGAAGGAGACUCUCACAUUAGCGAAUCCCGGGAAAGACACCCACUCACGUUUUUCCACUACCUCGAAAAUGGUCGGUAUGCUGGAGCGGCCUUGGAAUCAAACGGAAGCUCGCCAGCGUUCCCGGCAGCACACCCUGCCAACCUGCCCGAGCAUUCACUUUUGGCUGCAAGACCGGUGGAGCUGACUCUUCCGGCAAUUCUUGAAUAUCCUGCAAGCGUGGGUACUUCUAGCCGAAGCCUUCUGGGUCAUCAUGAUCUCUCUGGACACCCUGGACUGUCGCAACAAGACAUGUCCACUCCAGCUGUUGUCUCGGAAGUUUACCUCGACGCACAAGACAAUGAGCGGUGCCGAGAUGGUGGAAGCAAAGUAUCACCCAGUGCAUGUCAUUUCGAUAGUGCACCGAUUUCUGACAGCUGGACGACAACGGGCGUGAUUCGGUCUUUGCUUGGAUGGCUGAAAUCGACGGGCGGAGGCGCUGAGCCCAAUGCCCGAUCUGACCUGAAGUCCGCCGAGGACUACUUGCGAGACAUGCUGAGGCAAGCCACCCAAGAGCGCACCUCCAUGCCGGCUGCGUCCUCUGAUUUUCAGGGUCGACCUUGA